AUGGAUUUUGUUAUGGGUCUUCCGAAGACCUUGGGUAAGUUUAAUUCGGUUUGGGUCAUUGUGGAUAGGUUGACUAAGUCUGUGUAUUUCAUCCCGGUUCAAGCCACUUACAAUGCAGAGAAGGUUGCCAGGAUUUACAUCCGUGAUAUUGUGCGAUUGCAUGAAGGAGUUGGGUACCAGUUGGAUCUUAGCACCGCGUUUCAUCCAUAUACCGAUGGUCAGUUUGAGAGGACUAAUCAGUGGUCAUGGGGACCAAUUCUUGCAUUGGCAGAGUUUGCAUACGGAAACAACUACCAUUCGAGUAUUGAUAUGGCGCCAUUAGAGGCUUUAUAUGGUAUUAGGUUUCGUUCUUCAAUUGGGUUGUUUGAUUCUUUAGAGGUGAAAAUGAUUCAAGAAAAGCUUUUAGAAGCCCAGAGCAGGAAAAAAGAGUAUGCGGACCAGAAGGUUCGGGAUUUGGAGUUUAUGGAGGUGGCUUAUGAGUUAGCUUUACGACCAGGCUUGUCAGGUGUUCAUCUGGUAUUUCAUGUUUCCAUGUUGAAGAAGUACCAUUCUGACGGUUCUUAUAUCAUUCAUUGGGACUCAAUUUUUCUUGAUGAGAAUCUGUCUUAUGAGAAAGAGCCUAUAGCUAUCUUAGAUAGGCAAGUGACGAAGUUGAGAUUGAAGGAGAUAACUUCAGUUAAGGUGCAACGGAAGCACCGUCCAGUUGAGGAGGCCAUAUGGGUGACCGAGUUCGAUAUGCGUACCAGAUAUCCCCAGUUGUUUACCGACUCGGGUACUUUUCCUUUGUCGUUCGAGGAUAAAUGA